UCUCUCGUGGCCCAGGCACCAGACUAUGAAGCCUAGUUAACAGACCAGUCACGAUACUAAGAUGCUGCUCACUGUAGCGCUUCCACUGAGUUUGGUGACACUGGGUAUCCAUCUGGCGUGGAUCGACGCCGCGUGCCUCAAUUAUAUUUCUUGUUACAAUGACUUGUAUCUUAAUCAAGAGAACUUCGUGACCCUGCAUUCCAGUUUAGAGGAGAGGUCGGCAGUGAGUUGCGCCACCCUCUGCCUCCAGAGGUGGCCUGAAACUCAGCUGGUGAUGGCCAAGUUGGUGGACGUGAACGAGCGUCUCUCAUGCGGGUGUGGCGAUAAACAGGCUGUUAGUGAUCCCUCGGGAACAGUCAAUGACUUCUACGAUUGUUACGUGUGUCCCGACGGUGAUAACCAGAAAUGUGGAAGUGAGAAGACGACCAGCGUCUACGAGGUGGAAAACACCAACCACUCUUGCCCUCGGGUCCACCUAACAAUACCAGAGAAACUGAACCUCACCUCUACAUCUACCAUUAUCCCCACAACUGCCUCUCCUGGCCAAAAAUCGUGGUUUACAACCCCGUCCAUUGGCCUGUGGCAGAGUUCAUCCAUCGUUGCCAAUAAAACUGCGACAAACGCAAAUACAACAGCACAGCAAGCUGCUAGCGCCUUACCGGGAUCGCCACCGCUUGUUUUCUUGGGCUGCUAUGAGGAGGAGAGGAUCAACGAAUCGUUGGUGGUAACCAUGAUGCUCAAUCAACGAGAUGUUAACAUCACUCACUGUGCCACCAGCUGCCUCUUCGCCCACCCAGCAACUGACGUCUUCCUUGUCAAGCUCCUUAACGUCGAUCGUCUUUACUGUGGCUGUGGGAUGGGUGUGGCGGUAGACCCGAAGGCCGGGGUGGGCUACUGCGACCUCUACUGCCAGGAUGAUCCCCACCAGUCUUGUGGAGGGUGGGUCUCCGUCAGCGCCUACAUCAGGGGCGCCGGUGGCGCGGAGUGUACCCUCCUAUCUUCCCAUAGCCUCCUGGUGGCCUUGAUCUUCCUGAUGAUGAUGUCCGCAUGACCCUCCUGCUGAGUUACCUAAAGAUCCUGCAACUAGCAUGAUAAGGAGCCGGAUUAAAAACGGUAUACAGAGGAAGUCGGUUCAAAUCUGCUCUCCUCUCACUAUACUGCACGCUAAACUAUCCCUAUCUUACAUAUGGUAUCUGUGCAUGGGGUUCAACCACUGCAAACUAUCCCCAAGCCCAUCAUCAACCAGCAAUAAUCUGCUAUCAGACCAAUAACAAACUCUGCUUUCAGACAACACUCAGCCGCCCCCCCCUCCUGUUUAAAUCCCUAACCAUGCUAAACAUAAACUCACUCCACACAUUCUCUUGUGCCAUUUACAUUUAAAAAACCCUGUU